CUAUAUGACAACUUCCCCCCUCCGUCCCUCCUCCGCUCCGCUGACAGCGCUGCGCUGUCUCUGCCGCUGGAAACUUUGUAUCACUGGAAACCUUAUGGCGAUAAAGAAGCUAGCGUCCGUUGAAAGACGAGAAAACGUUUAGUUGUAUCAGAGGAAUUCAAUAAUACGACAAUGGCUUUAGCGGUUGUUUAGUCGACCGGUGUAGCUAUCAAGGAAAUGGAGCCAGUUUGUGACGAUCCUGCGGGAGACAGACUGGGACGUCUCGUCGAGGACAUUGUGAUGGAUUUGUGACUAGCUACGUUUCCGAACAUUUAAAGACUUUAUCUUAUCGUCCCGGGCCAAGUUUUACCCCACAUCGCCCAUGACAAUCAUGUCGGAUCAGAAUUACUAUUGGACCGUCUUGCCUAGCUACAAAACUAGUUUUGUAACUGGGGCCAUGAUGAAACGAUCUAAAAGUUGCCGUAACAACAAGAGGAGAAGCCUGGCGGUUGGCACUCCCUCACCCACUCUCUCCAGACCCCUCUCUCCACUUCCUCUCACCACAGCUGGCAGCAGCCCAUCGGACAGCCCGAGAAAUGUCUCCACCUCCACCUCAGCUAACUUCCAGUUUGCUCGCAGCCACCUGGCUCGUACUGAAAGGGCGGAUGGAAGGAGGUGGUCAGUGGCCUCUGUCCCCUCGUCUGGUUACUGCAGCAACCCCCCAAGCUCCUCAGUGUCUUCCUCUUCCUCCUCCCAGGAGCUUCUUCACCAGCUUCCCCACCAGCCGACUGUGGACGACCUCCACUUCCUGUUCAAGCACUUCCGCAGCUCUGAGAGCGUAGCUGAUGACGAGUCCUCGGCCCCGCCCCCCACCUCAGCCCCACCCCCCAGACUGCGCUCUCGCAGCCUCAGUCCCGGGCGCUCGUGUGGCUCAUUUGAUAACGAGAUUGUCAUGAUGAACCACGUGUACAAGGAGCGCUUCCCCAAGGCCACGGCGCAGAUGGAGGUUCGUCUGCGGGCGGUGCUGGAGGAGAGCUCACGGGAGGUGUUGCCACUAGCGGACGGUGUGCUUGGCUUCAUCCAGCACCAGCUGGUGGAGCUGGUCAGAGACUGCCUGGACACGGCCCAUGGAGGCCUCAUCUCUUCCAGGUACUUCCUGGAGCUGCAGGAGAAGCUGGACAAGCUACUGCACGAGGCGUACGAGCGCUCGGACAGCGAGGAGGUGAGCGUCAUCAUCAAGCUGGUGAAGAGGAUACUCAUCAUCAUCUCCAGACCUGCACGGCUGCUCGAGUGUCUGGAGUUUGACCCUGAGGAGUUCUACCAGCGUCUGGAGGCGGCAGAGGGCCAGGCCAGGGAGGGCCAGGCCAGGGAGGGCCAGGGCAUCAAGGCUGACAUCCCUCGCUACAUCAUCAGCCAGCUGGGCCUGACCCGAGAUCCCCUGGAAGAGGUGGUCCACCUGGAACACAGCAGCUCCAGCCACGCCCCCAACGCCAGCACAGAAGGUCGGGCUGUGUGCGCCCCCCCUCGUAGGAAGCCUGUGGAGAGCGACUUUGACACCAUCAAACUGAUCAGCAACGGAGCCUAUGGGGCUGUGUUUCUGGUCAGACACAGAGAGACGCGUCAGCGCUUCGCAAUGAAGAAGAUCAACCGUCAGAACCUGCUGCUGAGGAACCAGAUCCAGCAGGCCUUCGUGGAGAGGGACAUCCUCACCUUCGCUGAGAACCCCUUUGUGGUCUCCAUGUUCUGCUCCUUUGAGACCCGCCGGCAUCUCUGCAUGGUCAUGGAGUACGUGGAAGGUGGAGACUGUGCCACCCUGCUGAAGAACAUGGGUCCCCUCCCAGUGGACAUGACCCGGAUGUACUUUGCUGAGACGGUGCUGGCCCUGGAGUACCUCCACAACUACGGCAUUGUGCACCGAGACCUGAAACCUGACAACCUGCUGAUCACCUCCAUGGGACACAUCAAGUUGACAGACUUUGGUCUGUCUAAGAUGGGCCUGAUGAACAUGACCACCAACCUGUACGAGGGACACAUCGCCAAGGACACCCGCGAGUUCCUCGACAAACAGGUGUGUGGGACCCCAGAGUACAUUGCCCCAGAGGUGAUCCUGAGGCAGGGCUAUGGGAAGCCGGUGGACUGGUGGUCCAUGGGGGUCAUCCUGUAUGAGUUCCUGGUGGGCUGCGUGCCCUUCUUUGGAGACACGCCUGAAGAGCUGUUUGGACAAGUCGUCAACGAUGACAUCAUCUGGCCAGAUGGGGAUGAUGCGUUGCCGGGCAACGCCCAGGACCUCAUCACGAGGCUGCUGAAGCAGUGUCCUCUAGAGCGCCUCGGCACCGGAGGGACAGGGGAGGUGAAGGCUCAUGUGUUCUUCCUGGGGCUGGACUGGACUGGCCUGCUCAGACAGAAGGCUGAGUUCGUCCCUCAGCUGGAGACAGAGGAUGACACCAGCUACUUUGACACACGGUCAGAGCGGUACUGUCAUCUGGGUUCUGAAGAGGAUGACGAGGAGACCAACGAUGAAGAGCCGUGUUCCCAGAGAGAGCUGCGUCAGUUCUCCAGCGUGGCCCAUCGCUUCAGCAAGGUGUACAGUAGCACAGAGUACCUGUCCACAUCCACUCCGUCCAAUCACAGCCUGUCGUCUUCGGAGCGCAGCCACAGCGAGGAGAAGGAGGAACGGGGGGUCGGAGUCUCUCCUGGGGAGGGACACAAGCACGGCACCAGGACGGACGGACCCAGGGGAAGCCUGCGCCCCAGAGCCUCCUCCAGCGCCUCCUCCGAGCGCUCCUCCAGCCCCCUGCUGAUGAACAGCACCCAGAGCCUGGACACCAUGCCUCGCUUCUCCUUCUCUACAGAGGACGACGACGGUGUGGUGUCAAACCUACGUCGGAUCCGUCUCCGUAGCAACAGCACUGGAACGCGGCCGUCCUAUAGGAGAGGAGCGUCCAGACGCAUAACCAACCAGCUGGAUGCGCCAGAGAAGCCCCGCCCCCCUGUCAGCUGCAAGGUCCCCAAGUCCGCCUCCGUCUCCAGCCUCUCUCUCGUCAUCACCACGGACGACCCUGGCGGCCCUCCCACCAGCCCCAAGUCCUCCCUGUCGCUGUCGUCCAACCCGUCCUCCCGGGACUCGUCCCCCAGCAGGGAGCUGGCGCUGGGCUGCAGCCUGCGCCCCCCCCUGGUCAUCCUCAGCCGGGGCAGGAGGUUCGGCUUUGCCUUGCGAGCCAUCAGGGUCUACAUGGGAGACAGCGACAUAUACACUGUUCAUCACAUGGUUUGGUGUGUGGAGGAUGGCAGCCCAGCCCAGGAGGCGGGGCUGAGAGCUGGUGACCUCAUCACCCAGGUGAAUGGGGAGUCUGUCCAGGGGCUGGUGCACACCGAGGUGGUGGAGCUGCUGCUGAAGAGUGGUACCAAGGUGACACUCCAAACCACAGCUCUAGAGAACACCUCCAUCAAGGUUGGUCCCGCACGCAAGUCCAGCUACAAGGCCAAGAUGGCUCGACGCAGCAAGAAGAGCCGCAAGAAGGACGGACAGGACAGUAGGAGACGCAGUAUCUGGAAGAAGCUGUCCAAACAGACCUCUCCUGCUCCUCCUCAUGCUGGUGCUGCUCCUCCCAUGCACAGUAGCAGGAGCUUCUCCUCAGGCUUCCAGCCGUCCGUGUCCUCCAGCGACAGCCUGUCUGGCUCCCCCACCCAGAGCCUGUCCCCUGGGCCAUCCACACCCUGCUGCUCCCCUGCGCCCGACCACUCUGGAGACUCAAACUCCCCCCAGAGCUCCUCCCCCAUUUCCAGCUCCCCCAGCUCCCCCGCCCCCCAGCCCCGCCCCAGCUCGCUCCAUGUGAUGGGUCGCUACAGCAAGGGGGGGCGCUGCAAGUCCACCAGCAGCAUCCCCCCCUCUCCUCUGGCCUGCAUCCCUCCUCCCCAGCCCCUCUCCCCCCAGUGCUCCCCCUCCACCCUCCCGGGUCUCUCCAAGUGCCUCCACAGCCUCCACGGCAAGUCCCCCCCCACCCUGGUGCGCCAUGCGGCCCGCCCCCGCAGCGCCGAGCCCCCCCGCUCCCCCCUCCUAAAAAGGGUCCAGUCCGCCGAGAAGCUGUCGGGGGGUUACCACGGCGACAAGAAGGCAUUCGCCACGCGGCACCACACCAUGGAGGUGCCUCUGUCUGAGGGGGAGGGGCUGGAGGAGGAGGAGGGGGUGGAGGAAGGGGCCAUGGGGUUCAUGUGUGUCGGGGAGCACGGUCACCAGGGACGGUUCCACCUGGGGGGGGGCGAGAGGAAUGCGGGAGGGGGGCGGGCCCGAGAAGUGGUGGUCAUGAGGAGGCGGGCCCUCACCGAGAGGAGGGACUCCUUUAAGAAGCAAGAAGCUGUGCAAGAGGCCAGCUUCGACAACCAGGAGGCCCAGAGUCCUACCCUGCCCUCCACCCUGCCCCAGAGUCCCAAACGCUACAAGGCCUCCUGGAUCAACCAAGCCCAGUUGGAGUCUGGCCCGGAGCUGUCGGGGAGAGGAGUGCAGGGUUCGUCCCAGAAACCCUGGCCCCGGGGGAAGGACCCCCUCUAGAGGUGGAGGGCAGGAGGUGCACAAGAUAUCAGACUGGUUCCUCUCUCUAAGCUCCAUGGUCCUGCAUAUCUGGACAUCCUAACAUUACCAAUCCCAGACCAUGAUUAGGGUUAGGUAGCUCCAGGCUGUCAAGAAGGACCAUGUGACAGUUGGCAUGUUGUGAGUCCUGUUAGCCAUCCCACUGUACCUACCACACUGUAGAAAAGAAAGUUUCUGUGCCAAAGUGAGUUAUUUUCCUGCUCCUGUGUUUGGCUUGCUUUGGUUUGAGGGUCAUAACAUGCCCACCUGGAUCUAAUGGAUUUUGUAAGUAUCCUUUUUUAUGAAGAAACCUAUUUAUGAUGUUUUAUGCUUUUUAGGGGUUGUUUUCCGGGGCCCUAAAAAAUGCAGCCAUAUUUCUUUGACUGUUGUUGGGAAAUUGCACAAACCAUCCUAUAGUACUAAUGGGAAUAUUACAAGUUGAAAACAAACUAUUAUAAUUAUUAAAUGAAAGAACAAUGAUUCAUUGUGGUCAGGAAGAAAAAAAUCUUUGAUUUUUAUUUUCAUUUGGUUUUAUUUUUAUUUGGUUUUAUUUUCUUCAAAGAUGUGGUUCCCAUCCUGAGAUGUUGUUAAUGUAAAUAACGCAAACCUGCUCUAUGCCUUUCACUAAAUAGCAACAUAGCUAGCAAGCCAACAUGGAUCACUGCGUCUUCUGGGGAACCAGGGAUUACAAGUUCAAAGGUUAAAGGUUGUAUAUCCACUUUUCUGCUCUAGUUAACCAGCCCCUUGUGCCACUGCAUGAAGUUGUCAUUGCAACUACUUUAACAGGUACAGCCAUGUAAGGCGCAGAUGCUAGGGGCUGUAAAUCAUGCAAUCAUGCAACCUGCCAACAGUCCAUUAGAGCGAGCAAGCACUUGGCAUCUGGACCAGGACUCUUCCUCUAGUGUAUGUUUACCUUUCACUGCUGAGGCACACUGAGGGAGAAGACUGAGGGAGAAGACUGAGGGAGAAGACUGAGGGAGAAGACUGAGGGAGAAGACUGAGGGAGAAGACUGGGCUUCUUCAGCUCACAGAUGUGAUAUGAAUGAAUGAGGUAGGGUAGGACGUGACUGUUGAAUAAUUGUAAUGUUGAGUUGUGGGGGAUUCGACCUGUGGUCCACUUGGUAAUCUGGACACAGGUUUCAAAGUAGUCAACUGGGAGAUGAACACAUGUUUCCAUCCGGGGGGUGAUUGAAGUGUUGGAUGUAAACACUAAGGGGGGGAUAUUUUAUGGGAUUGCGAGUUUUGAGGGACGACAAAGUUUAGAUCCAAUCAAACCCUCCCAACGUCUUUCCAGUCUGAUGGGUCGGUAUGGGGUCCCUGUCUUGUUAGUGGCCCUGGUGAACAAAGUUUGUGUUAGGGGGAUGUGGAAAGUGGGCCCCAGUGUGUUGGGGGUCUGGGUGAGUCUGCAUGCUGCAUUCAUCCUCCCCUAGAGAUGAGCUUCAGUCAUCAGCCUCACAUGUUCUAGUCCAGUGGAACUGGACAUCAUCACAGACUCACAGAACUCAAUGAUGGAGAGGAUUCUGCUGGGCAGGGCGGGGUGGAGGGUUUUGUCUGUUCUGAUUCCAUCAGUGUCGCCAGUCACUUCCCAGAGUGUGUUCUGCUAACUGGUUGCCCCUAGCGACUUGUCCAUCCUUCAGUCUGCCCUAUUCAGCAGCAGACCUGUCUGAAAACAGACAUGACAUUGUUUGUAUUGUCUAACAAUGUUUUCUAUUGUUUAACAUUGUUUGAAUAAAGGAACGGCAGGCGACUAA